AUGCAUAUCGAAGAGAUCAGCGAUAAGAUGGAAGAGUCUCUGAAGGUCUCUCAACCACAGCAGACCACACCAGAGGCUCAACCCAGCGCAGCCGAUGCGACAAAGCCACAACUUCCGCCAGCCCACGCCAUGGCCAGCGGGAAGACUGUGGACGAAGUAUGGGAAGACCUUAACAAGUCGCCGCUUUUCAUGACGGAUCUUGACGCCAAUGAAGAGAACGACGACAUCGCGGCUUUACAGGCCCUUGCCUAUGAGGGCACUCCCCUUGAGAACGGCCAGGAGUUCAAGGAACGCGGAAAUGAGUACUUCAAGAUCAAGAACUACGUUGAUGCCAAGGAAUUCUAUGGAAAGGGUGUCGCUAUCCUUGCGGGUGAGGAGCGCAAGCGCGCGAGGGGCGAGCAGACCAAGAACCAGGAGGGUGUGAUGGACACGGAAGUGGAGAUUCAGAAGCAGCGAGAGACACUCGAGGCUUUGUACGUCAAUCGUGCGGCUUGCCAUCUUUCUGUCAAAAAUUAUCGUAGCUGUUGGCUUGACUGUGCUGCGGCGCUGCGCCUCAACCCUCGCAACAUCAAGGCCUACUUCCGCAGCGCUCGAGCUCUUCUCGCUGUGGAUCGCAUCGAGGAGGCCGAUGAUGUAUGCGCUCGUGGUCUUUCACUAGAUGAGUCAAACGCAUCACUCCGAGCUGUGGCAGACGACAUCAUCAAGCGAGCCAAGGAAAUCGAUGCACGACGCAAGAGGGACGCAGAGCGCGAAGCCAAAGAGAAGCGACGAGCGCUGCUCAUCAAGGCGGCUUUGCGAGCGAGGAACAUCCCCACGCGCACAACACCCCAACCCCCAGAGAUGGAAGACGCGGGUAUUGCGCUUCUACCAGACCCCGAUGACCCACGCAGCACGCUUGCUUUCCCGACGGUCCUGCUGUACCCUCUCCACCUGGAGUCUGAUUUCGUCAAGGCGUUUGAGGAGACACAUUCGCUUGAGGAUCACCUGAGCUACAUCUUUCCUUUGCCGUGGGACAAGGAGGGUGCUUAUACAACUGCAGGCGUGGAAGCCUUUGUGGAGACUACGCAGGGCGGUUUGCUCAAAAUGGGUAAGCGAGUGCCGUUGCUCAAGGUUCUGGGCACAGGCAAGGUUGAGGUUGUCGAUGAGGUUGUGAGGAUUUUCGUUGUCCCCAAGGAUAAGGCUGAAGCCUGGACAAAGGAGCACAAGGCGAAACGGGCAGCCGAGAAGGGGAAGGCGAGCUGA